ACCUACUGCACUGUACUACUACUGCUUGGCCUAGGCGUACCUAGGCCCCUAUCCUUGAAAUUUGAUGAUUUAAGUUUUUUGUAUCAUUUUUAUUUACAGGUAUCCAGUUGAUAACUGUGCAGAAAUGUCUGAAGAAAAGCUCACUAAGGGUAUCUGUACUUUGGCUGGUAAGAUCAAGCCAGGAGAAGAGACAAGUCAGCUAAGAUUAAUUCUUUUUGACUAUAUAAGCAAUGUAAAGGAAAGGGAAAAUGCACUCGAUUUAUUUGAUGUGCUUAAAGAAAGCCAGGAAAUUACUACACAAAAGGUUAAUAUCAUAUAUGAAAUAUUAAUGUUGAUGGGCAAGAAGAAAUUAUGGACAGACUUUUGCAAAGAUACGUUGAUUGAAAUCAAGGUUCCUUAUGAUGUCAAGAAAAACUCAAUUUGCUUCACUAAGUUUCGAUUAAUGAUGAUUGAAAUUGGGAACAAAUUGACAAGCAAAAUGGUUACGUAUCUGAAAAAGGUCUACGAUGUUGAUGAAGACUUUUCUUCUGAGUGGAUGUUGUUACUUCAUCUUGAGCAGCAUUUGCAUGUUGAAGAAGAUGUCCCAGGUUCCAUAGAAUCAUUUGGCAAAAACCUAAGGACAGCUAAAUGUACAAGAGGAGCAAAAAUUGUUGAAGAGUAUGUAACACAAACCACAAGUGCAAUUACAGAAUGUGAUUUUAAACCAAACACAAGUAAAGAUAGCAAUGGAACAAAACCUAAGU